CUUGGAAAAUUUUCUGCAUCUGUAAGUCGUCUUACAUUACUAUGUUACACUAUAUCAUAUACAAGUCAUGCGCUAAGUUUGAUUCAUGUUUUCUUUCAUAUUAAAAUCGUCCAAUCUUUUAAAUUUUAUGUAUGUGUAUAUGCAUUACAUAAGGGAAAUGAAAACUAAAUUUCGGAAUGAAAACUAAAAGUACGUCGGUUCAAAACUUUGAGAAUCUCGUCGAACAAACGAUCGAUGGUGCGUUAGAAAAUAAUGAGCAAAUGGUUGGCAAAUUUCAUGAUACGAUUUAUGAAAAAUGGAAUAUCAAAAAAUUGUCAACGUUAAAAACCAUCGAUUGGAUACAAAAUGAAACGACAUCGUUAGAAUCGAACGAACAGAACAUAUCGGCGACGGUCGCGCAUCGUAGAUUUCGCCGUCGCAAGUAUAAACGAUCCUCUCUAAUGAUCAUCUGUAAAAUGCCAACAGACGAAGAAAACUCGAUGGGACAGUCGGAAAUGACGCAAGUACAAAAUUUAGUUUCAACCAACGAUAAGGAAUCUGCUACCAAUAAAAGUGACAAUUUAAAUGAACUGGACGAAAUCAAUCGUCCUGCAACUAAUGAUGAUGCUAAAAUUAUUGAACUUUGGAAUAAUUCGAGCAACGUUUUUGCGAAAGCUUGUAAAUCUGAAUCUAACCAUGGAUUAAUCAAGCAACAACAAAGUGAAAGAAAAUUGUCUUUCGAAGCUUGGAAAAAUAAGAAAACUAUUACGUAUCAACGGAUACUUAAAAAAAUAAAAGAAGAACAGCAGCAGAAGUUACUUGAAAAUUUGGCAAAUGUGAAAAUGGAAAAGAUUGCACGAAAGGCACAAAUACGCAAAAAACAGGAAGAUAGACAUCGUCGAAAGCAGAAGUUACUUUAUAGAAAACACUUGGAAACGAUUAAACAGACAAAUGCCACAAUUAGCUGUACAAUCAAUGAAGCCAAAAUCGUCAAUGAAAAUGUUUUAAAUACAUCAAAAAACGAGAAAGAGACAAAAUUGGAUGAAGAAAAAAGAAUCGCUUCAAGUACCGUGCGGGAAUCAAACAGUCGAAAGAAUAAAAAAGCACUUCUGAUUAACGCUUGUAUGAAAAAUGUUGAAUUUCAUUCUUGGUUAAAUCAAUUGAACUGGACUCUUCAUAAGAAAUAUUUACGUGAACGUCGACAUCUUGUACGAUCAUUUUAUUGUCAACCUUUCUAUUACGGUGAUACAACCCUUUAUAUCGGAUAA